AUGGGCGCUUCGAUUAUCAACCUGAGUUUCUAUAACAACACUGCAAUCUAUUGCUGCGGCACCCCGAUCAUUGAUGGUGACAAGAUCGUCUGCCCUGAUAACCCUACCUCCGGCUUCGAAGUCCCUACAGGCUGGCCUAUUCCCGGUCGCGCACUGCUAGCCAACUCAACACUACUCGACGCGAUCGCAACAACAUCUUCACCGUCUGCGACAGCCUCUGUCUCAUCCUCAUCCUCGACCUCGCCCACCACAUCUUCUUCGUCAUCUUCCUCCUCAGGGUCAACAGCUACUUGCUCCACAUGUCAUGAAACAGCAAUUGGCGCCGGAGUCGGGGUACCGCUUGGUGUGAUCGCUUUGCUCUCGAUAGUAUGGGCUUUAUUCGAGCGGCGACGAGCAUUAAAGGGACGAGGAAUGCAUCCCGCUGCGGGUACACCAUAUGGCGGACCAUAUACGAACCUGCGAGACAGAAGGAAUCGCCCGGUGGAACUAGAUAAUGUGUAUCGGGUACCGGAACUCCCCAGUUCGACGGAUAGUCCGUCCGAGAUCAUGUCAAAAGGCAGCGUGAAGUAA